AUGGAUCAUGUAGAAUCAAAGUCGGAGAAUACAGAAUUCGACCAGCAGAUCGACCAAAGAGAUGCGGUUUACAAACAGAAAAUGAAGAAAUGCAGAGAAGGGAAGCAAACGAAGAAAACUUCAUUAUUACUUGGUGAUUACAUGCUGAUGAAGUGACCAAAGAAGAACAAAUGGACUACACCGUAUGAACUGAACACCGUAUAAAAUACUAGGUUCACAAAUAUUAGCAUGUUGAACGACAGAUGGACGAACGGUUUGUCGUGAUGCAAGCCAAUUUAAGCUUGUGAACUCUGUGAUGGGAACUAUUAAUGAAGAUGAACUUUCGUGGGAAGAGAAAUUGGUGAUAUAUCGAAACCGAGAUGAGCAACAAACAAAACAGACAGUGAUUCAAAAUCAGAAUCCAACAAACAUUCCAGAGAAGAAUACAACCGAAGUACAAAUGCAAGAACAAGAUCAUUCCAAUAUUAGUGAAAUAAAACCUGAAGGGAAUCAAAUGCAAGUGGAGAAAGAAACGCAACCACAACGAGCAGAACAGAAUGUAGAAACAACAAACAUUGAACCAAGAAACAUUAAAAAAGAACGACCGAGAAGGGAGAGACGGAAAUCAGCAUACCUUAAGGAAUAUGUUCCACGUUGA